GGCAGAAACACAUCGAACGAAGAUGUUUCAAGGUACAUAUGGCGUGAUUAUGCUUUGGCUUUCCUUGGUGCUUCAAAGGAACGAAGACCGGACCAGAUAAAGCGCAGAACGAGCAAAUCUUCCUGCCAAACACCUUCAUCGCACACAGCUUUCCUUUCGACAUGCCUCUUGUACGAAAACCUAUACUUCCUGGCUUCAAUGCCGAUCCCUCCAUUGUGCGCGUUGGCAAGGAUUACUAUAUCGCGACUUCAACUUUUGAAUGGUACCCUGGAGUCCAAAUACAUCACUCGACUGAUUUGGCAAACUGGACGUUGAUUACACGUCCACUGAGCCGCGCAAGCCAGCUGGACAUGCGCGGCCAUCCGGAUUCCUGCGGUGUAUGGGCACCUUGCCUUACGCACGACGGAUCGCGCUUCUGGCUCGUGUAUACCGAUGUCAAACGAAAGGAUGGAUCGUUCAAAGACACCAUCAAUUAUAUCGUACAUGCAGAGGAGAUAUUAGGGCCGUGGUCAGAUCCCAUCUUCGCGAAUGCCUCAGGAUUUGAUCCAAGUCUGUUUCAUGAUGACGAUGGCAAGAAGUGGUUUGUGAACAUGAUCCAGGAUCAUAGAAAGAGACCGAGGAUGUUUGCUGGCAUCCGGUUGCAAAAGUUUGACCCUGUGCAGGGGAGAUUAGUGGGACCGACGACGACGAUCUUCCAUGGCACGAAGCUAGAUAAAUGCGAGGCACCGCAUUUAUACAAAAGGGGCGGAUGGUAUUAUUUACUCACUGCUGAAGGCGGAACCGAGUAUGGCCACGCUUGCACGCUGGCAAGGUCAAGAAGCAUACAUGGCCCAUACGAACUGCACCCGCAAGCAUACAUCCUCACGUCAAAAGACGCUCGGUUUGCGGAGCUGCAAAAAGCAGGGCAUGGAGACAUCGUGGAAACACCAGAUGGGAGAACCUACAUUGUGCACUUGUGUGGAAGACCUGAGAGUCAGGCGCGGCCACGGUGUAUGCUGGGCAGGGAAACUGCAAUCCAAGAAGCAUACUGGAAGGACGACUGGUUAUACGUCAAGGAUGGUCCUGCGCCAUCGUUGUUUGUGGAUGUUCCAGGGACAAGGGACGACACACACUAUUGGGCAGAACAGAGGUAUGUCUUUGAUUCUACCAAAGGACUUCAUGAGGAUUUCCAAUGGCUUCGAACGCCAGACACAGAUCGGAUAUUCAACAUCAAAGGUGGCAAACUUCAACUGAUCGGGCGGGAAUCAGUUGGAUCUUGGUAUGAGCAGGCUCUUGUUGCGCGACGACAGACUCACUUCUCCUACGACGCUGAAACUGUGGUCGAUUUUUCACCAUCUGAUGAACGACAAUUCGCCGGGCUUAUAGCAUACUACAAUAGGUUCGCCUUUUUCUAUCUGACAGUCACGGCUCACUCGGAUGGACAGCGUGAGUUGUUAAUUCUGAGCUCGGAGUCAUCCUAUCCUCACGGGCGACUUGAUGAACCACUUCUUCCACCAGUCCGAAUACCGGCUCAAGGAAAAAUGAAAUUAUCCCUCACUAUCCGCGGCAAACAAUUGCAAUUCUACUACGCACUUGAGGGAAACGUGGAGCUCCAGAAAAUAGGUCCAGUGUUCGACGCCUCAGUCAUGUCUGACGAGUGUGGUGGUUGUCAGGCUCCGGGAGGAUUCACGGGCGCCUUCGUGGGCCUUGCGGCAUCCGAUUUGAAUGGAACUGCAUUGACGGCGAACUUCGAUUACUUUACCUAUCGACCUGUAUUAGAUAAAGCGGACCGAUACAUUACCUUUCCGAUAGAUUAA